AUGCCCAUCUCUUCUAUGAUGGCCGCGCGACUGGCUCGCGCCGGUCAAAACAGGGCCAUUACCAGCUCUCGAUGCUUCAAACCGUCUCUCGCUCCUCGCCCACUAUACUCGUCACAAUCGCGAAGCUUCGUCAAGCUCACAGGGGCUUCGCCUUCAAUCACAAAGGGCUCUCCAGCAACGAGCCGAACAACCCGCCAGCUACCCUCCCAAUUCUUCGUGCGUGCCCUUUCAGGAAAACCACUUCCCCAAGGAAAGUCUAAAGUCGUUAAUUUUUGCUAUCGCCUAGCGGCUUGGGUUGGCAUCUCAAUAUCAGUCAUCGGCGUUGGUAUUGUUGGCUUCUUCAUAUACGAUGCCAGCACAUAUUGCGAGCACCCCACUCAGAGCGAUAUCGAUAUCUCAAAAAUUGCCCUACAGCCUCGCAGUGGUGGUGAAAAGAACCUGCCGAUCGCCGAGGUGUUCAUUGAUGAUGACGACUCGGAGGAGAAGCGUCGCCUCAAAGACAAGCCACGACUGGUGAUUCUUGGUGGCGGAUGGGGAGGCGUUGCGCUCCUCAAAGAACUGAACCCAGAAGAUUAUCACGUUACUGUUAUUUCGCCAACCAAUUACUUCCUCUUCACCCCUAUGCUUCCCUCAGCUACAGUAGGUACUCUCGAACUGCGAUCUCUUGUUGAGCCUAUUCGACGAAUCCUGAGCCGGGUUAACGGUCACUUCAUUCGCGCCAAGGCUGAAGAUAUCGACUUUUCGCACAAGAUGGUAGAAGUGUCGCAAGUUGACGCAAACGGCAAGGAUAUCAAAUUCUAUGUGCCAUACGAUAAGCUUGUCGUUGCUGUCGGUUCGACGACCAACCCUCACGGUGUCAAGGGUCUGGAAAAUGCCUACUUCCUUAAGGAUAUCAAUGACGCACGCAUGAUUCGAAACCAGGUCAUACAAAACUUCGAGUUGGCCAAUUUGCCUACAUGUCCAGAUGAGGAACGAAAGCGUCUGCUUUCCUUCUGCGUCAGUGGUGGUGGCCCUACAGGUGUCGAGUUCGCUGCUGAGCUUUUUGACCUUCUCAACGAGGAUCUGACGAGGCACUUCCCCCGACUUCUACGUAAUGAGAUCUCAGUUCAUCUUAUCCAAAGCCGUGGACAUAUUCUGAACACAUACGAUGAGACUGUUUCACGAUAUGCUGAGGAACGCUUUGCUCGCGACCAAGUUGACGUCCUCACCAACUCUCGUGUCAAGGAGGUCCUCCCUGACAAGAUCAUCUUCACACAGAAACAGGAAGAUGGCACAAUGAUCACCAAGGAGCUGCCCAUUGGCUUCUGCCUUUGGUCGACUGGUGUUUCGCAAACCCAGUUCUGUCAAACACUGGCUGCUAAACUGGGCAAAUCUCAGACAAACCGGCAUGCUCUGGAGACUGACACCCACCUUCGUCUUAAUGGCUCACCGCUGGGCGAUGUAUACGCCAUCGGAGAUUGUUCUACAGUCCAGAACAAUGUUGCCGACCAUGUAGUCACCUUCCUGCGAUCCUUGGCCUGGAAGCGUGGCAAGGACCCCGAGACGCUUCAGCUCAGUUUCGCUGACUGGCGAGGUGUUGCUGAGGACGUCAAGAAACGAUUCCCCCAGUCUAUCAACCAUCUCAAGCGCGUGGACAAGCUAUUUGAGGAAUUCGAUAAGGACAAAUCCGGCACACUCGACUUUGAUGAGUUGACACAAUUGUUAAAACAAGUUGACAACAAGCUCACAUCCUUGCCUGCUACUGCCCAGCGCGCUCAUCAGCAAGGACAAUAUCUUGCUCGCAAGUUCAACAAGAUGGCACGCAUGCAUGAGGGCCUGAACGCCAACGACAUUCGCGAGGGUGAUGUUGAUGCUGCUGUUUACAAGGCCUUUGAGUACAAGCACCUAGGCAGCCUCGCUUAUGUUGGUAACUCUGCCAUCUUUGAUCUUGGUGAGGGUCGAAGCUUGGCUGGUGGCCUUUGGGCUGUUUAUGCUUGGCGCUCUGUCUACUUUGCGCAGAGCGUGAGUCUGCGAACACGAUUAUUGAUGGCUAUGGACUGGACCAAGCGAGGUCUAUUUGGACGAGAUUUAAUGAGUUUCUAA